AUGCUUGAGAUCCGUCAAGCUUCGGCAGCUACCAACAUCUACGUAUGUCUUGGUUUCACUGAGCGGGUUGGAGCUUCGUUGUAUCUCGCUCAGGUCCUUAUCGGUCCUGACGGAAAUACUCUUCUUCAUCGUCGCAAAACAAAGCCUACACAUGUUGAGAGGACUAUUUUUGGCGAUUCCACUGGGGAUUCUCUCACUACCGUGGUGGAUACCCCUUUGGGAAAGAUUGGCAUGUUGAACUGUUGGGAACACCUUCAGCCUCUCCUCAAGUAUCACACCUACUGCCAAGGUGAACAAGUUCAUAUCGCGGCCUGGCCGUUCAAUGCAAAGUGGACCGAAUCAGCUGUUGAGCCCUACUCAGUCUUUUCAGAGGCCAACGAGGUCACAGCCAGUCGCAUGUAUGCCCUGGAAGGUGCUGUAUACGUCCUCGUGACCAACCAGCCACUAUCCGCCGAAGGCGCCAAGUUAAACAGUGAGGGUCAAGGGAACGCAGACAAGGACGGUUUCAUGCUCGCUGGAGGCGGUGGUGCCGCAGCUGUCUUUGGUCCGGAUGGCCGACAGCUGACUGAGCCUACUGACCCCUUGUUUGAUGGCCUGAUUUACUGCGACAUUGAUCUGGAUAAAAUUGACUACGCAAAGACGUUGACUGAUUGUGUAGGUCACUACUCACGACCUGACCUGCUGCGGCUGGUUGUCGAUGAUCAACCCAAGAACUAUGUCGUUCGCGUAUCUGAUGGACCGACGAAUACUCCUUAUCACACUGGUACAAGUGGCGAGACGCUGCUUUCUGCUCAUGAGACGUUGGAUAAACUUCUUGCUAAGAAAGCAAAGAAGGAGGCGACAAGCUGA